UAGUUCUCAGCUAACCUUGGUGUGCCAGGAAGCCCACAUGGACCACGGUGAGGUUUCAGAGGUCUGCUAAGAACUGAUGUGGUUAAAGGGUUUGGCAAAAUGGGAAGGGUAGACUUAAGUGGAGAACUUGCUACAGCCCGGGAGAUUGGAUGUUUAGGAACGACUACAGGAGAGUAGUGCCUCAUAUGAGAAGCCCUGGGGAAUCGUCAGCCACUGGUAGAAAUAGGAAGAGAGAAUGGAUUCUCCCGUCCAGACUUCCACAGUUUCUAUCUUCCUCUUCCAAUUAUUGCUGUCUUUCUGUCCUUCCUGCCCCUGUCCAAUACCCGCCCUGUCUACUUCCUAAUCAUUCUCUCACAUGUUUCUUUGUGCUGCCUCGUGUUUUUUGUUUGUUUGUUUGACCCAUGAUUUGAGUGCCAACCCACUCAUGGUUCACUUCCCUGUCUCCUCUGCAUUGUUACCCUAUGCUGUGCCCUGUCCUUUCUCAUGCCCACCUCUUUUCUGACCCACAUACCCUCUUGUUCCAUGUCAUCUUUCCACCUCCUGCCUACUCUCAGGUCUUAGCGGCGGUGGCAGCCGAGGUGCAGGAUGCGAGAAGGCGCCCCCCGGCCGGGCUCCCGCUCCAGGCCUCGCACCCCUGCGGCCCUCUGAGCCCACCAUGGCCGUUCCACCAGGCCAUGGUCCCUUCUCUGGCUUUCCCGGGCCCCAGGAACACACACAGGUAUUGCCUGAUGUGCGGCUAUUGCCUCGGAGGCUGCCCCUGGCCUUCCGGGACGCAACCUCAGCCCCACUGCGCAAGCUUUCUGUGGACCUCAUCAAGACCUACAAGCACAUCAAUGAGGUAUACUAUGCGAAGAAGAAGCGGCGGGCCCAGCAGGCGCCACCCCAGGACUCAAACACCAAGAAGGAGAAGAAGGUUCUGAACCAUGGCUAUGAUGACGACAACCACGACUACAUCGUGCGCAGUGGCGAGCGCUGGCUGGAGCGCUAUGAGAUUGACUCUCUCAUUGGCAAAGGCUCCUUUGGCCAGGUGGUGAAAGCCUAUGAUCACCAGACCCAGGAGCUGGUGGCCAUCAAGAUCAUCAAGAACAAAAAGGCCUUCCUGAACCAGGCCCAGAUUGAGCUGCGGCUGCUGGAGCUGAUGAACCAGCAUGACACGGAGAUGAAGUACUACAUAGUGCACCUGAAGCGGCACUUCAUGUUCCGGAACCACCUGUGCCUGGUUUUCGAGCUGCUGUCUUAUAACCUGUACGACCUCCUGCGCAACACGCACUUCCGAGGAGUCUCACUGAACCUGACCCGGAAACUGGCCCAGCAGCUCUGCACAGCACUGCUCUUCCUGGCCACUCCUGAGCUCAGCAUCAUCCACUGCGACCUCAAGCCUGAGAACAUCCUGCUCUGCAACCCCAAGCGCAGCGCCAUCAAGAUCGUGGACUUCGGCAGUUCCUGCCAGCUUGGCCAGCGGAUCUACCAGUAUAUUCAGAGCCGCUUCUACCGCUCCCCAGAGGUGCUCCUGGGCACGCCCUACGACCUGGCCAUCGACAUGUGGUCUCUGGGCUGCAUCCUUGUGGAAAUGCACACUGGAGAGCCCCUCUUUAGCGGCUCCAAUGAGGUGGACCAGAUGAGCCGCAUCGUGGAGGUGCUGGGCAUCCCACCUGCACCAAUGCUGGAGCAGGCACCCAAGGCUCGCAAGUACUUUGAGCGGCUGCCUGGGGGUGGCUGGACCCUGCGAAGGACAAAGGAACUCAGGAAGGAUUACCAGGGCCCCGGGACACGGCGGCUGCAGGAGGACCUGGUGCUGCGCAUGCUGGAGUAUGAGCCUGCCGCCCGCAUCAGUCCGCUGGGCGCUCUACAGCAUGGCUUCUUCCGCCGCACGGCCGACGAGGCCACCAACACGGGCCCGGCAGGCAGCAGUGCCUCCACCUCGCCGGCGCCCCUCGACACCUGCCCCUCCUCUAGCACCGCCAGCUCCAUCUCCAGCUCUGGAGGCUCCAGUGGCUCCUCCAAUGACAACCGGGCCUAUCGCUACAGCAACAGAUACUGUGGAGGCCCUGGGCCCCCCAUCACCGACUGUGAGAUGAACAGCCCCCAGGUCCUGCCUUCCCAACCGUUGCGCCCCUGGGCAGGGGGUGAUGUGCCCCACAAGACGCAUCAAGCCCCCACCUCUGCCUCAUCACUGCCGGGGACUGGAGCCCAGUUACCCCCUCAACCCCGAUGCCUUGGCCGUCCCCCAUCACCAACCUCACCACCACCCCCGGAGCUGAUGGAUGUGAGCCUGAUGGGCAGCCCUCCAGACUGCUCCCCACCUCACCCAGCACCUGCCCCCCAACACCUGUCUGCCUCAGCCCUCCGGACUCGGAUGACAGGAGGUCGUCCACCUCUCCCACCCCCUGAUGACCCUGCCACUCUGGGGCCUCGCCUGGGCCUCCGCGGUGUACCCCAGAGCACAGCAGCCAGCUCAUGACCCUGCCCCCUCCCUGGGGCCCCUCCUGAAGCCAUACCCCCCAUCUGGGGGCCCUGGGCUCCCAUCCUCAUUGCUCCCCCUGACUGGAAUUGCUGCUGCCCAGCUGGGGUGGGUGAGGCCUGCACUGAUUGGGGCCUGGGGCAGGGGGUCAAGGAGAGGGGUUUGGCCGUACCCUCCCCACUGAUGACUGGACCCUUAGUCCCCCCCCCCCAAUUUGUUUUCUAUUUAUUGUACCAAAGACAGUGGUGGCCCGGUGGAGGGGAGACCUCCCUCGCCCCAGGGCCCUAGGAGGGGGAGGGGUCAGGUAGGGGGAGAUGGCCUUGCUCCUCCUCGCUGUACCCCCAAGUAAAGAGCUUUCUCACA